GCGAUUUAUUUCUGUUGCUGUUCUUACAAAAUGUAGCUAGCUAACUAGCUGAAAAUUGGUUAACCUAGCCAGCUAGCUAGCUAACUCUGAAAUCCAAGAAGUCUUUAUCUUUUUAGAUUUAUUCUUAAAUUUCCUUUGAAACACAGCAAAAGUGAGAAAUGGGUGAUGACCCGUACUCCAUUCCCGAAAGGGAAAUGAAGGAUUUUCAGUUUCGUCAGAUGAAGAAAAUCCGUGUCUUUGAUUCUCCCAAUGAUUUACCAAAAGAGCGCUCAAGCCUUCUUGCUAUCUCAAACAAAUAUGGCCUGACUUUUGUUGGCCAGGACAGAACGCUCAAGGUGUUUUUCACACAAGACAUCAUCUCUGCUGCUAAAGCACAAGGAAAUACCAAUGAAAUAGUGGAGAAUGUGAAGUCGCAGGUGGUGACUGUGGAUUUGCCCAUACACCACCUUGCCCUUAGUAGUGAUGAGCUAACUUUGUCUGUGUGUGGCGCUAGUGAGCAGAACGCUCUCAUUCUGGAUUUCUAUGACAUCCGCACCUUCUUCAACAAGGCCCGACAAGAGAAAAGGCCCUUUGCUUCUUUUAAACCAGGUGCAGCUAUGAACACAUCAGUGCAGGACCUGAAGUGGAGUCCAGUGGAAGCGUCCCGGCUGGCUGCUUGCCUCUCUGAUGGCAGCAUGAUGGUUCUGGAUGUGAUUAACACUGUUGCCCUAUUGGCCCAACUUCCAGCCUCAGUGGGCAUCACCUGUGUUUGCUGGAGUCCUAAAGGAAAGCAGGUUGCUGCAGGCAAACAGAACGCGACAGUGGUUCAGUACACUCCUAAUCUUCAGGAGAAGAAGGUUAUCCCUUGUCCAAACUUCUACAGUGCUGAUAACCCUGUCAAAGUGCUAGAUGUGUUGUGGCUCAGCACCUACAACUUUGCAGUGGCGUACGCAGCUGCCGACGGCUCCCCCGAGACGCCACCCGAACUGGUGGUCGUGUCACUUCCUAAGAAGGAUGAAAAGAAGGAGGAGAAGUAUCUGAACUUCAGCGACCUGGUCUAUGGCACGUGCACGGAGCGGCAGCACCACUAUUUCCUCUGCCAUGUUGAAGACUGGGAUCUUGUCUUGGCUGCAUCAGCAGCCUCCAUUGAAGUCAGUAUCAUUGCCAAACAAGAUGACAAGAUAAACUGGGAGCUCUGGGUGCUUGAGGACGCCAGCCGCGGGGAGCUGCCUGUGACCCUGAACAAUGAUGACACGCUGCCUGUGGGAGUUGGCAUCGACUACACCAGCCAGGGAGAGAUCCACAUAUCUGAAGAAAAAAAGCUGCCUCCUGCCCCCACACUGCUCAUCCUCUCCACUGACGGCGUGCUGUGUCCCUUCUCCCUGCUAAACCAGAACCCAGGGGUCCAACAGCUGGUGACAGCUGCCAACAGCCUGGCCCUGGAUGGAGAGAGGCCUCCUUUAGCCAAGUCUUCCUCUGCCCCUCCACCUCAAGCUGCCACUGUGACCAAUCCUCAUUCUGCUAUCCCCUACUUUCAAGUUCCCUCCACCACUACCAUUGCCCCACCUCCUGCUACUAUAGUCCAGGGCUCCACCCCAUCCACCUCUACCUCCUCCUCCUCAGGCCUAUCCUUCACAUUGCCCUUGCUGGCCUCCAGCACUAGCUCCAUUUUCUCGUUCGGCUCCACCUCUUCCACCACCUCUGCCUUCCCCUCCUCGGCCAGCUUCUCAUUCACGGCACCCAAGCCCUCGGGCGACAGCGCCUCUUCCUCAGCCUUCUCCUUCAGUGCCCUGCCCCCUAAACCCCCGGCAGAGAGCACCUGCAUGCCAGUGCUGCCCCUUGCCACAGCUUUUGCUACGCAGCGAGGUGCUACGGCGUCCCCCAUCUCUGUGCAGAAGGGCCCACUGGAGCCGGCCACUCCUAACGUUAGAAUGAACCUCAAUGACAGGUUUCUGACAGCGGAAACCCCUGCACCCCUUGCCUCGGUUGCCCAGCCCUUCUCUCUCACUUCAACCCCACAAGCAGAGAGCAGCAUCCAACCAGCUUCACCCUUCAGCAUCUGCAAGCCUGCUGCCCCCGCAGCAGUGUCCCGUCCGGCUCAGACCAGCACGCCGUCUGUGGCAGCGCAGAAAACGGCUCCUGCUCCAAUAGUGCCCCCUGCUGCCACUGCACCGCAGGUCCUUUCAGUGAAGGCCCUGGAGAAACAGCUACAGCAGAAGAAGGAUUCAGAUCCUGUAAUGGUUGGCAUAAUGGAGGAGAUCACCCAUUUCCAAAAAGAGAUGGAUGAGCUGAAGGCACGCAGUAACCGAGCGGACUUCCUUGUAGGCAGCUCUGAGGAAAUGAGUGACUUGCGCAAAGAGAGCAAUCACCUGCACGCCUUUGUGCUGGAGAUCAAAGACACCACGGAGUCUCUGCAUGGGGACAUCAGCACUCUAAAGACCACCCUGCUGGAGGGCUUUGCGGGAGUUGAAGAGGCCCGGUCCCAGAGCGAGCUGAACCGCAACAAGGGCUACCUGCAGCUGCUCUACAAGAAGCCCCUGGACCCACGCAGUGAGCAGCAACUGAAGGAGAUCCGCAGGCUGUAUCAAUAUGUGAAGUUUGCUGUGGAGGACGUCAACGAUGUUUUGGAUCUGGAAUGGGAAAAGCACCUUGAGAAGAAGAAAAAACAGAAACACAUGAUAGUCCCAGAGAGGGAAGCCCUUUACACAGCUCUGGCUAACCACAUGGACAUCAUCAACACACAGAAACAAAAGCUGGACCAGUUGGUGAGGGACUUGGAGAGCCUCAGGCUCUAUAACAAGACCUCAGCCUGGAGUGCCUCUAGCCAGCCUACCCUCGCUCCCUCACCAGUGGGCUUGGAUAAUGAGUUGGAGAGUCUAAGAAACGAUCUGUUGAGAUCUAAACUGGAGGACACACCCAAAGCUCCUUCAAAAUCUCCAUCUAAAAUGACCCCUGUGAAACAGAGUCAACUGAGGAACUUUCUGUCCAAGCGUCAGACUCCACCUGUCCGAUCCACUGCACCAGCCAACCUGUGCCGGUCAGCCUUCCUCUCCCCCAAGUACUUUGAGGACCUGGACGAUGUGAGCUCCACGUCCUCCCUGUCCCAGGCACUGGAGCCAGACGAGUCCCUGCCAGUGCCUGAAGAAGUGGAGGAGGAGGAAGAGGAGCCGAUCUCGAUCCCCGUGCUGGUGCCCGCUCCCCCGCGCCACCCUACCGUUGUGCGCACAUCUUCCGUUCAACCGGGCUUCACCAUACAAUCAGCCCCCUUCACCAGGGUGCCAACAGGUCUGGGGCCCAACAGUAGUCCUGUUGGACCCAAGAUAAACGUGGGUAGUGCUGACAGCACGGCACUGGCCACCAAGACAGUGAAGCAUGGAGCACCGCCCACGGAGAAGACCAUGUCCACCAUUAUCCCUGCCCCCCAGGCUGCAGGAAGGGCUGCUCUAAACAGACAGAUGAUCAGUCAAAAGCCAGCGGGCGCCUCUCUGACCGAGUUCACUCUGAAGUCUGUGCCUCAGGUGGUUAACGUCCAGGAGCUGAAGGACAAGGGCAGUGCCUUGCCCGUCUCUACUGUCAUCAGCUCCUCUGUACCUGUGCCUGCAGCUCAAGUUGUCCAGCAGGUCCUGGCCUCUGUGGAGGCCAAGAGAAAUUCCUGCCAGACUGCAGUAAAGGUCUCUGUCCCAGUUCCAGAGAAUACCCCUCCGGCACCCCAGGGCUUUGUGUUUGGUGCAGUCCCCAAGGCUGAAGCCCCAUCAGUCUCCACCUCUACACCCUCUCUCGGGGAGCAGAGUAGCAAGGGCUUCUCCUUCUCUACAGGGCCACCGGGUGGAUUCUCCUUCUGUCUGAGCUCAACAUCAUCUCAGUCUCAGCCAGCUGCCACCUCACAAGCCAAAGAUGUGGCUCCAGUGAGUAAGUUCUCCUUUGGCAGCAGCACAGGGAAGAUGCUGUUCAGUGCCUCAGAAACCCCCAUCUCCCUCACCCCGAAACCAACCACUUCUGUAGUGGCCACCAGUUCGUCUGCCCCUCCACCCACCUUGGGUGAACCCACCAAGCUGAUCUCCACCACCCCCUCUUUCCAGGCCCCCAAAGCCCAGGGUGUCACAGGAGACACCCUGGGUAGUUUCUCUGACCUGCGAGUCGGCCAGGGCGACGAGGUUAAGGAGCCCCCUAAAACCUCAGUGGGUUUCACCUUCGGACAGUCCGGCAAUGGCGUUCUCGCCACGGGAUUCACAUUCGGCGCUCAACAACCAAAGUCCAUUGCUGCUGGUAACGGGUUGGACUCCGCAGGCACAGCGGACGGCUCCAAGAGCAGCGCACCCCACACGCUCGCAGAUGCUGCUGGGGUUUUUAAACCCCCUGAACCUGCACCAUCAUCCACCCCCAAACCAGCCUUCUCUGUCAUUCCCACCUCCUCAAUCUCCUCUACAGCCGCCUCUUUCAGCAGCCUCCUGGCAGCUGCUCUUCCUCUGGAAACCCCAGCCACAACCGAGAAGCCCCCAGCACCUGGGCCAUCACCCCCACCUGAGCCCUCCCUGGCUGCGCAGCAUGAGGAGGCCUCCACAGAGCUGAGUCGCGAAGCUCCCGUUUCGUCCACUCCGUCCCCCGUGUCCGUCACGAAAGAGGCUCCGCCCUCCCAGCCAGCCAGCACAGAGGCUGCCGCGGCGUCUGUGGAAAAGCCACCGACCCAGCCUGCUCCUGCUCUUGAGGUAGCGACCGCACCCACACCCACACCCCCACUCCUCACAUCUCCGCCCGCUGAACCGACACCUCUUCCGGAACCCUCUGCCCCCACACCUGUUCCGGAGAUGACACCAGCACCUACGCCCAGCCCUGCUGCACUAGAACAACCAGCAACAGUACCAGCCACAGUAACAGCAGCUGCUGCUCCACCCUCAGCUACACCUGGCUCCAUCUUCGCUCAGCCAGUUGUCAGCACAAACAGCACCACUCUAUCAGUCACGAGCUUCACCCCCGUCAUUAGUUCCACAUCUUCAACACCCCCCUCAGCCCCAGCGGCACCUAUAGCAUCCAGCACCACCACUACCACCCCUGCCCUGGUGUUCGGCCAGCCUGCCUCGACCACCUCCGCGUCAGUGUUUGGAACCUCCGGCUUUGGUGCAGUCUCUACCACCUCUGGUUUUGGCAAUCCAGUUUUUGGGCAGGUCGCGGCAACAGCCGGCUUCGGGCAGCCCGCCCUCACCUCAGCCAGUGGCUUCACUUUCGGCCAGUCGUCGUUCGGAGGUGGUUCCGGUUUUGGUCAGACGCCGGUUGUCGCAACGACCACCCCGGCCUCCAGCAGCGCAGGAGGCCUAUUCGGCUCAUCCAGCACCAGUAGUGCUAGCUCCUUCUCCUUCGGAGCCAGCAGUACCAGCUCUGGGGUCAGCACAGGGGGGGGCAUCUUUGGGCAGACAAGCACGCCCGCCUUCGGCCAGCCCAGCACCGGCUUUGGACAGGGAUGCUUAUUUGGCAGCAACACCACCACUACCACCUCGUCUGGAUUUGGUUUUGGGCAGACAGCCGCCUUUGGCAGCACACCUACUCCCUCAGUGUUUGGUCAGCCACCCAGCACCGCCACCGUCUUUGGCCAGCCCUCAUCCGGAGGGGGGCUAUUUGGCUCAGGGGCUGGCAACACUGCUUCCUCAGCUGGGGGCAUCUUCAGUGGUCUGGGAGGCAAACCCAGCGAAGACGCCGCAAACAAAAACCCAUUUGGAACCACUGCGACGGGUGGAUUUGGACAGACCAGCCAAGCAGGGAGCACCACCCUGUUUGGGAACAGUGGCGCAAAGACGUUCGGAUUCGGGGGCUCAGCAUUUGGAGAUCAGAAGGCCUCUGGGACGUUCAGUGCUGGAGGUGGCUCAGUGGCCACCCAAGGCUUCGGCUCUUUCUCCACUCCGGCCAAAACAGGUGGCUUUGGGUCUGCGCCAGUGUUCGGCAGCCCCCCUGCCUUUGGGGGUUCACCUGCCUUUGGUGGCUCCGCCACCUUCGGCGCAUCACCCACCUUCAACACCCCGAUGGGCUCCACCCCGUGCAAGGUGUUUGGAGAGGGGACGGCUGCAGCCAACAUGGGGGGAUUCGGGUUCGCCUCUCCUCCCUCAGCCCCCUCCUUUGGCAGCAUGGCUCCUCCGACCGGCACUCCGUCCUUUGGCGGCUUGGCCCAGCAGGCUACGGGCUUCAGUGCCCAGAGCAGUGGCUUCUCCACUUUUGGGUCCUCUGGAGGUUUUGGCGGCUUUGGAAGUACGAAUACCAAUCAGUCUACUUCUCAAACCUUCGGUGGAUGGAGAAGCUAGCUACAGGAGAACACACUGCUGUAUUCAUGUUCUCUCUGAUUAUAACUGUUCAUCAUUCAGCAAGCAGGAAAUGGUCAUGACCUGAUCAUAUUUUGAAACUUCCUCGUGAAAUGAAUGUGAAACUUCCUCGUCGGGGAGUUACCUGUAACACUCUUCCCACCUGUAGUUUAAAGGUGUGUGCCACUGUGCAUCAUGGCUUCACAAGCGAUGACAGUGCCUUUCCUAUAUACUAACCCCACGACAAGCAACAUCGUUCUUUCCCCCAUUUAAAUCUUGCCAUGUUAACCAGAUAGUUAGCGUUGAAGAGUUUACUGUGAGCAAAAGCUGGUUUUGAUCAGUGUUGCUAUCCCAGUGUGUUACACGGUUGUGUUGCCGACUGCCUGUUUGCUCUCUCUUAGAUGUGUUUACUGUUUCUUCCCAAUUCUGAAUAAAUGAAUAGCCCAAAUUAUGGUGUUACCAUUUGCUAAAAUGUUGUCAGACUUAUAGGAGAGUUGGGUGUUAUUUUAUACAACUCAUUUUAUACAAAUCAAGGUAGACAUGAGGUGUAGAAUACCUCUAUCCUUUAGAAACCUGGUGGGUUAUGUCACUUUACAUUUAUCCCGAUGUAAUGAAAUAAGUGUUCACUUUUCCUAUGUUUCAUUAAAAGUAUAUUGUAGGCAUGGAAAAUGGGGAAAUAAACUCAGGUAAUGUCA